GGCCCAGGCCAGGCGGACCCAGCCACCUACCACCAUGCAGGACGGUAACUUCCUGCUGUCGGCCCUGCAGCCUGAGGCCGGCGUGUGCUCCCUGGCCCUGCCCUCGGACAUGCAGCUGGACCGCCGCGGCGCUGAGGGGCCGGAGGCCGAGCGGCUUCGGGCGGCCCGCGUCCAGGAGCAGGUCCGCGCCCGCCUCCUGCAGCUAGGCCAGCAGCCGAGGCACAAUGGGGCAGCUGAGCCUGAGAGGACCACUGAGGCCACGAGAGGCGUGUCCAGGGGUCAGUACCACACCCUGCAGACUGGCUUCAGCUCCCGCUCCCAGGGCCUGAGUGCAGAUAAGACUUUGACCUCCCGACCGGUCGCCAAGCCCAUCUACAGUCCUGCAUCCUGGUCUUCCCGCUCGGCUGUGGACCUAAGCUCCAGCCAGAGGCUUAGCUCUGCCCACAAUGGGGGCAGCGCCUUUGGGGCUGUGGGGUACAGGGCAAUGCCACCCGCAGCACCCAUGCCCACCCGGCCUGUGUCCUUCCAUGAGCGCAGCAUGCUGGGUGGCCGGGCUGACUAUGACACGCUGUCCCUGCGCUCCCUUCGGCUGGGGUCUGGAGGCCUGGAUGACCGAUACAGUGUGGUAUCAGAGCAGCUGGACCCCGCAGCCACCUCCGCCUACAGGGCCUUCGCCUACGAGCGCCAGGCCAGCUCCAGUUCAAGCCGGGCAGGGGCACUGGACUGGCCGGAGGCUGCCGAGGGCCCCCCAAGCCGGACCAUCCGUGCCCCUGCCAUGAGGACCCUGCAGCGGUUCCAGAGUGGCCACCGCAGCCGCGGGGGAACUGGGGGGACACCAGGGGCCAUGCUGGAGCCCAUGGCCCGGGCACCCUCUGUGCGCAGCCUCAGCCUCAGCCUGGCUGAUUCCGGCCACCUGCCAGACGUGCGCAGGCUGGACAGCUAUGGGGGCCACCGCACCCUGCAGAGGCUCAGCAGCGGCUUUGACGACAUUGAUCUGCACUCAGCUGUCAAGUACCUCAUGGCUUCAGACCCCAACCUGCAGGUGCUGGGAGCUGCCUACAUCCAGCACAGGUGCUACAGCGAUGCAGCUGCCAAGAAGCAGGCCCGCAGCCUUCAGGCUGUGCCUAGGCUGGUGAAGCUCUUCAACCAUGCCAACCAGGAGGUGCAGCGCCACGCCACGGGUGCCAUGCGCAACCUCAUCUACGACAACGCCGAUAACAAGCUUGCGCUGGUGGAGGAGAAUGGCAUCUUUGAGCUGCUGCGGACUCUGCGCGAGCAGGAUGAUGAGCUUCGCAAGAACGUCACAGGAAUCCUUUGGAACCUCUCAUCUAGCGACCAUCUGAAAGACCGCCUGGCUCGCGACACGCUGGAGCAGCUCACUGACCUGGUGCUGAGCCCUCUCUCGGGAGCUGGGGGGCCACCCCUCAUCCAGCAGAAUGCUUCCGAGGCUGAGAUCUUCUAUAACGCCACCGGCUUCCUAAGGAAUCUCAGCUCAGCCUCCCAGGCUACUCGCCAGAAGAUGCGGGAGUGCCACGGGCUGGUGGACGCCUUGGUCACCUACAUCAACCACGCCCUGGACGUGGGCAAGUGCGAAGACAAGAGUGUGGAGAACGCUGUGUGUGUGCUGAGGAACCUGUCCUACCGCCUGUAUGACGAGAUGCCGCCAUCUGCGCUGCAGCGGCUUGAGGGCCGGGGCCGCAGGGAUGCUGCAGGGGUACCACCCGGCGAGGUGGUGGGCUGCUUCACACCGCAGAGCCGGCGGCUGCGUGAGCUGCCCCUCACAGCGGAUGCGCUCACCUUUGCGGAGGUGUCUAAGGACCCCAAGGGCCUGGAGUGGCUGUGGAGUCCCCAGAUCGUGGGGCUGUACAACCGGCUACUGCAGCGCUGUGAGCUGAACCGGCACACGACUGAGGCUGCGGCUGGGGCACUGCAGAACAUCACCGCGGGCGACCGAAGGUGGGCUGGCGUGCUGAGCCGCCUGGCCCUGGAGCAGGAGCGCAUCCUGAACCCCCUGCUGGACCGCGUCCGGACUGCUGACCACCACCAGCUGCGCUCACUGACCGGACUCAUCCGAAACUUGUCCCGAAAUGCCAGGAACAAGGAUGAGAUGUCCACCAAGGUAGUGAGCCACCUGAUUGAGAAGCUCCCAGGCAGCGUGGGGGAGAAGUGCCCCCCAGCCGACGUGCUGGUCAACAUCAUAGCCGUGCUCAACAACCUGGUGGUGGCCAGUCCCAUCGCUGCCCGAGACUUAAUCUACUUCGACGGGCUACGCAAGCUGGUCUUCAUCAAGAAGAAGCUGGACGGCCCCGACAGUGAGAAGUCCGCGCGGGCGGCCUCCAGCCUCCUGGCCAACCUGUGGCAGUACAGCAAGCUCCACCGCGACUUCCGGGCGAAGGGCUAUCGGAAAGAGGACUUCCUGGGUCCGUAGGCGAGGCCUCCUGGACAAGGGGCAG